CGACAAGGCUAGUGCGAUGGACCCGCAGCUAGAGCUCCGUCCAGUGCAGACGACGCACGUCCACCCGCCGCCCAACCUCGCUCAAGUGUCGUCGUUCCUCGCCGGCAGCAUCUACUCGCCUUCGCCAGACGGCGUCAACCUCAACCUGCUCGUCCUCUUGCACGGCCUCGGUGACACGCCCGUUCCCUUCGCGACGCUGGGUCAGAGCCUCCAGCUCCCGCAGACGGCCGUCCUGUCGCUCAAGGCCCCAGAACGCGUUCCGUUGCUCGACGAGGAGGCCUACGCCUGGUGGGACAGCUUUGACGAGAUGGGAGAACUCAUCGCCCAUCCAAACCCAGCCGCGACGCUGCACCUCCUCGUCAAGCUCGUCGAGCACCUCACGGCGCCCGUCUCGACGUCGUCGCCAUCAUCGAGCGCGACCGCCGGCGGCGGCUGCGGGUGGAAGCCGUCGCAGAUCCACCUGUUCGGGUACGCCCAGGGCGGCACCUGUGCGGGCGAGCUCGCGCUCGCGUGGGCAAAAGCGCACCCGGUCGUCGUCGGCGGCGGCGGCGGCGCACCGACCUCCUCUUCCCCUUCCUCGACCACGACCUCCUCGUCGACGAGCGGCGCCACCGUCGCCGAGCACGGCCACCUCGGCUCGCUCGUCGCCGUCUCUGCGCCGCUCCUGUCGCACCCGACGCCGUCCCCCUCGACGCAGAGCCGCACGCGCGCGCUCGUCGUGUUCCGGCCACACGAGCAGCGCGCCGUCGGACCCUCGUCGUGGCAGCGCGGCUUUGCGCGGUGCGACGCCGUCACGCUGUCCGGCUCGAGGGGCGGCGGCGGCGGCGGCGGCGGCGGCGAGGGCAUGCUGAGGGGCAGGGACGAGUGGGUCGCCGUCAUGCGGUUCUGGAGCGAGGUGCUCGCGCGCAAGAGCGCGCUCGAGCUCGGCGGCGACGUGUUCGAGGUGACGGCGGGGGCGCCGACGCCGAGGAUCCCACCUCGUCGGCGCCAACGCCGCCUCCCGCGCACGUCGACCCAGAGCCUGCAGAGCACGGCCCAGCACGGCCCACUCGACGCGGGUCCACCUCGCCCAAGGCGUCCCACUUCGCGCCCGAAUCGCCCCCGCGCCCCCGUCGGCUUCUCCGCCCGCGACGACUCGAUGGUGCCCGCUCCGGCCACGACGGGCCCGGGCACGCCGCGCGCCACCGAGGGCGAGCCACGACGAGCUGCCGAGGACCCUGAGCUGCACAGUGCGCCGAGGCAGCUCCCGCCCGGUGCCGCGUACGCGCCCCAGCACGCGCCCGCCCCCGCCCCAAGUCGCCUCGUCGACUCGCCGGUCAACUACUCGCGCCCGCUCUCGAUCAGCCCGGCUCCCCCUCCACCGCCACACCACCAGCAGCACAGCAACAGCGCCCCUCCCGCCCUCCACACCCGCCGCAGCUUUGUCGGCCCCGCGCACCACCUCGCGUCCCCCUCGUCCUCGUCCUCGUCGACCCGCGCCCCGACGCCCGGCGCACCCUCACCCUCAACCCGCACCGCCGCCGCUUCGGGCAUGUCGCUCGCGAGCCAGUACCCGACUUUUGUCCCCGCGCCGGCCUUCUCGCCCGAGGACCGUGGCCCGUACCCGCCGAGCCCGGCACGCGACGUGCGCGAGCCGACCCAGGUCAAGGCUGACUACCUCGACUCGGCGCCCUCGUCGGCAGCGCCGGCGCCGACGCUCGCGCGGCCGCGCUCCCUCGCGGCGUUCCACGAGCCGGCCUCCUCCUCGGCGGCGGCGGCGGCGGCGGCGAGGCGGGACCUCGACAUGGCGGGCGUCGGUACGCGCGCGUCGCUCAUCCUGCCGUCCUCGUCGACGACCGCGGCCGCAUCGACGAGCGCGCCCGUCCUCCUGUCGCCCCCGUCGCGCGCGACGGGCGGCGCCCCGGCGCCCGCCCGCAGCCCGCAGCUCGUCGCCGCGUCGCCGUACGCCUCGGCGCCCUCGGCCUCUGCGGCGCUCGUCUCGCCGUCGCCCGUCGCCGGUCCCGCUCCUCCUCCUGCUGCCCCGGCGGCGUACUCGACCGCCCCGGCCCCGGGCCCGCCGCCGCCGCCGCCGCCGCCGCACCUCGUCCCGCAGCCCGAGGUGUGCGUCGAGUGCAUGAUGCGCGACCGCGACAUGGCCGACGUCGACGUGACGGGUGCGCGCGUGUGGGAGCGCGACAGCGACGCCGAGUGGGACGAGCAGGUGCGGUGGGAGGCCGACCAGGUCGAGCAGCUCGGCGGCGGCGGCGGCGGGCCGGGCAGCUACGACGUGCACGGCGGCGGCAACGGGUCGAGCGAGAGCGGCGGGGCGCUCGGCGGGCCUGGGGUGCGCCGCAGCGUGUACGAGCGCGAGAGCAGCAGUGCGCACACGGGCGUCGGGGCCGGGCCGGGCGGCAGGAGGAGGCUGGGCAAGGGGCAGCUCCUCACGAGCGGUAACCUGAAGGUGUGGACCACCAUGAACCCGCCGGCGGCCGCGCACCGGUGGCGCACGCUCCAGACGUUCCUCGCGACCCAGGCGCACUACCUCGAGCUCGACCGCCAAGCCCGCAUCCGCGAGGCGUCCGCCGCCGCCGCCGCCGUCUCGGCCUCUUCCUCGCCGCACGGCUCCUCGCCGAUCGAGCUCCUCCCGACCGCCGUCGGCGCCCCGCCGCGCAACCGCGCCUCGUCGCUCCUCUCGCCCGAGUCGCUCGCCGCCGAGAAGGCCGCGCUCGAGCACGAGGAGCGCGUCGCGCUGCGCGCCAUCAAGAGCCGCUCGAGGGCGACGCUCGCCGACGAGACCAACCUCCACCAGCACCAGCACCACCUCGCGGGCAACCAGAACUUCCGCCACUCGAGCGCGAGCUUGCUCCCGCCGCCGUCGCUCUACAACGGCGCAUCGGGCAACGGCGGCGGCGGCGGCGGCGGCGGCAACGCGAGCAGCGGGAGCAGCAUGCGCAGCUACUCGGCCGGCGACCAGCCGUGGCUCGGCCCGACCCUGCGUCGCCUCUCGAGCCCGUCGGCGGGCGCACCCGUGCCCGGCGCAGCCGGCGCGUCGCAGCUCUCGGCGUCGCCGCCCAAGAGCCCCGCGACGAGCAUGGCCUCGAGUCGGUUCGCGUUCCCCAAGUUUGCGCGCUCGUCGACCGACUUGCGCUCGCUCCCGCCGGCCGGCGGCGGCGGCGGCGGCGGCGGUGCGACGCCCCGCAGCGUGUCGCCCGCCCGCACGAGCGGCGACGGUUCGGCGCGCCGCCCUACGAGCAUGUGGUCGCGGUUCCGCCAGAGCGCGUCGGCCGCGAGCGUCCUGUCGUUUGCGCCCUCGGGCAGCAUGAUGGACAUGCACCUCGGCCUCGAGCAGGACCAGCGCGCCGGGCUCGCGGCCGCCGGCGGGCCCGGGUACGGCUCGCUCGGGCACUACGGCGCCGGCGUCGGCGCCGGGUUCGGCGGCGGCGGCGCGGCCAUGUACGCCGCGCAGCACGGCGCGGGCGCGGGCCCAGGCGCCGCAGGGUACGGGUUCGGCUCGCCGCAGCAGGCCGUGUACGACACGUACGGCGCGGCGGCCAUGAGCGACCCGGCCGUCGCGCGCCACGCCGACCGCCGCGAGCGCGAGCGCGUCCUCGCCGAGACGGCCGCCGCGAGGGAGGCGGCCGCUGCGGCUGCCGCCGCCGAGGCCGAGCACGGAGCGGGCAAGAAGAAGAAGAAGGGGCUCAAGGGCUUCUUCAACAAGCUCGCGGCGCCGGCGGGCGCGGUCGACCGCGGCGCGCCGUUCGACGCGUCGCUCGGGCCCGGGUCGCGGUACGGCGGCGCCGGCGCCGGCGCCGACGACGACGAGCUCGCGCCGCCGCCGCCGCUGUCGGCGCUCGCCAACGAGCCGCGGUACCACCUGCGGUCGGGCAGCUCGUCGAGCGUCGACUCGCUCGGGCCCUACACGCCGCCGCUCCCGCCUCAGCAGCAGUUCCGCCAGAGCUACCACAUGCCCAUGCCCGGCGGCGGGCACGCCGCCGACCGCCAGAGCAUCCUCACGCUCGGGUCGUUCACCUCGACGCGCUCGAACGGCAACGGCGGCAGCGGCGGCGGCGGCGGCAACAAGGCGGCGAGCGGUGCGGGCGCCAGGGCGUCGACGGUCCCGAGCCGCAACAGCUGGGUCGGCAGGCCUUCGCUCGACUCGGUGCGCCGCCCUGGGUCGUUUGGCGGCGGUCAGGUGCUCGGCGGCGGGCCGGGCGACGCCGAGACCGAGACCGAGGUCCUCGCCGGCGCCGUCGACGACCUCGACCUCGACCCGGAGCAGCAGCACGACGACGAGCACGAGCUCCUCCAGCCGCCGCCGCAGCCUCGGUCGCAAAAGUCGCUCCCGCUCCUCCCGUCCGAGGCGACCAACCGCGGCGGCUCGCCCUCGCCUCACGGCGCCUCGCCGUACGACCCGUACCACGCCGCCCACGCCGCCGACGUCGCGCCGCGAGCCGGCCCGCCGGCAAGCUUCGACGCCCCUCUCGCCUCGGCCGGCCCGUACGGCAACUACGGCGCGUCGCGCUCGGCGUACACGCUCGGCUCGAGCCCGGCCGCCGACUCGCGUGCGUCGCUCGCGCAAGAGUUCGGCCUCGUCGGCGGCGACCGCGAGCAGGACGAGCAGCAGCAGCAGCACACGGUGCGCAAGUCGCGCAGUCGGCCCAAGGUCUUCUCGCUGUCGUUCGGCUCGAACGGCGGCAAGAAGAGCCAGCACCGCCAGUCGAGCGCCGAGGUGGGCCUGGCGACGCCGCCGCCGCCGCCGUUGCCGAGUGCGGCUCGCGGGGCGUCGCUCGACUCGCCGAGCGUCAUGCGGUACGCCGAGCCGUACGACGGGCGGCCGCCGGCCGAGGCGCUCGUGGGAGGGAUGCGCUAGGCGCGCGACGACGGCGCGCAGGUCGAGUCGUCUCGAGGUCGCCCUCUCUCUCUCUCUCUCUCCC